AUGGCCGCACCAGCAAGAAGCCUACGGCAUCUCUCGUCCGUGAGAGCGUCCGUCUCUCCGGUCUCAUCCACAAUCCCCUCAUUCUACCGAACCUACGCCACCACCGAUGCCUCCUCCGCCGCCUCCAACACACCCGAAGGAACCACACGGCGGCGAGCCACAACCUUCCGCGAUAAGAUGAAUGCCGGCCCCUCGUUUUCGGACUUCGUCUCUGGCAAGGAGGAGCCGCUUGAUCCGUCCGAAGCAUAUGCUCUGAAGACCGCCAUGGUUGGUCCGGCCGGCCGCAAGAAGGAAAUGACUCGCCUGCCCUCGUGGCUCAAGACACCCAUCCCGGACUCGAAGAAUUAUCAGCGUCUCAAGAAGGAUCUUCGUGGAUUAAAUCUUACCACUGUUUGUGAAGAGGCCCGUUGCCCCAACAUUUCCGACUGCUGGGGUGGUGGCGAUAAGCAAGCUGCUACGGCUACCAUCAUGCUGAUGGGCGAUACCUGCACGCGUGGAUGCCGCUUCUGUAGUGUCAAGACCAACCGUGCCCCCGCCCCGCUGGACCCUCAUGAGCCCGAGAACACAGCCGAGGCCAUUUCGCGCUGGGGUCUCGGAUACGUCGUUCUGACGACUGUGGACCGAGACGACCUGGCAGAUGGCGGAGCUCGCCACUUUGCCGAGACGGUCAUCAAAAUCAAGCAGAAAGCGCCCAACAUCCUGGUAGAGUGUCUGACGGGUGAUUACCGUGGUGAUCUAGAAAUGGCCAAAUUAGUCGCGCGCUCUGGGUUGGAUGUCUACGCCCACAACGUCGAGACCGUUGAGGCUCUUACCCCCUUCGUCCGCGAUCGCCGCGCCACUUUCCAGCAGUCCAUUAGCGUUCUCAAGGCUGCCAAGGAAGCCCGCCCGGACCUCAUCACUAAGACCUCCCUCAUGCUUGGAUUCGGCGAGACAGACGAACAGCUCUGGGAUGCUCUCCGCCAGCUCCGUGCUGUUGACGUCGACGUCGUCACUUUCGGCCAGUACAUGCGUCCUACGAAGCGCCACAUGGCUGUCGAGGAAUACGUCACCCCAGACCGAUUCGAGGCAUGGCGCCAGCGCGCCCUCGACUUGGGCUUCUUGUACUGCGCCUCCGGUCCCCUGGUCCGAAGCAGUUACAAGGCCGGCGAGGCAUUCAUCGAGAACGUGUUGAAGAAGCGUCGCGGUGGCCCCAGCACUGCUGAGGGUACCGUCGAUCAAUCGACUGUCGCCACGGCGGAUGCCACCCGCUAA